ACUUACAAUUAGUAGUCACAAUUGUUUUGUAAAAUGAAUGUGUAAAUAGAGUAUCCUAAUUUAGUUCGAGGUAUUUUCAUAUCUAAAGUCACAGUUUAAGUGUAUGUUUCCAAGCUGAAUGCCACAAGACAUGUUGUUCCGCCACGCCAGCAGAGGGAGCACUCCUAUAGGAAAGGAGGAAAAUGGGAGGUGCUUGUUAGUACUUCCGUGUCUCAGUCAGGUCACACCCUGAGAUGACAACGCAAUCAAGCACUUUGUGUCUCGUUUUUAUUCCUAUAAAACAGGUCGGUAAAGUGUGAUAAUAUUAACACAUUUGUCUCCAAGCAAUUAUAAGCGUUUCUGAAAAUAGAAAUAUCGAAGUAUGUUGUUAAAAGUGUGUAUUUUUGAUGAAAUUUGUUAUGUUCAAUAAGCGAUGUCUCCCUUUGUGUGCGAGCGCGUGGUUGGGCGGGAAUGGCGGCGGCAGUGGAGACUUGUUAAAGAUAAACUGUGAUUGUUAAGAAGUAUUAUAGGUAUAGUCAGGUCACACCCUGAGAUGACAACGCAAUCAAGCACUUUGUGUCUCGUUUUUAUUCCUAUAAAACAGGACACACCACAUCGAACACUGGGACCAGGCUACUCAGUGCGAGGCCUGUAACAGAAUUCUGGAGGCACCGCUGGGAUCGGCAUCCGACAAAAGAAGAUGCUGAUCUCCUAAUCUACGAAUCCAAGGCAGACGUGACGGCAGAAGCAAGUUGAAGCAGUGUGCGACUGAGGCAGCAACAGGACCAACGCGUGUGAGAGGGACCUUCGCUGGAGGAGUGCAGCACCGCUUGCCCGAGACAACAAAGCUACAGUCUGUCGUUGAGUAACACAAUCAACAUGGGAGAACGUGUACGUAAAGAGCUGACGUGGGAGGUAAAGAAAAUACUCCACGAGUUGACAGCACAAGAACUUUUUGAAAUUAUUGAGGACAUCACACCGGUAUCAGAUGUUGAUUCUUCUGGGGUAAUUAAGGGUGAUGAAGAGAGUUGUUUUGACUAUAUAUGUACUUACUUAAAUUGUAGGACACUACUAGAGUCAGAAGACCAAGGUAUUUCAUGCUUGCUAUCUCUAAGAGAUACGAUUAAUGACAUCAGAGCCAGUCGUUUCGCCGAAGUCCGUCACGCUAAGCAAACAGAAAGUGUUAUCAUUAACCCACCACCCUUACAACUGACAACUAUGCAACAGGGACAGAGGGACAACAGUGAUGACACAUUGCCACAUGUUUCCGCUGAUUCACAAGCACUCGAGUACCAAAUAUUAAUGGCCAAUUAUGAGUCUUUGGGGAGAAAGAUAUCUGAAUAUGAAACACAGAAGACACGCACGUAUAACGCAACACAUAUGUACGACUCCACAAACAUGCCUACUUUGACUGAUACACGGCAAGCUCAUACCGCCAUGCACACACCCACCUCAGCUGGUACCCAAACACUACAUCAAGCCGCUUCUCACGCUCGCCCUAGUAGUAUGGUUCCUUUACGAGAAAUACCCCUACUUCAGCGUAGAGAAUUUAAAGUUCACGGGGGUCAGGUGGGGGACAGUGUGUCAGAUAUUAGCUACCAUGGACUUUGUAAACAGAUAGAUGAGGGGCUCAAAGCAAGUUACUCUGAAGGUGAAAUCAUCCAGGGCAUCUUCCGUAUUGUCAGACCCGGACAGUUCAAAGAUAUGCUAGUUAACAAGGAUGAUUUAACACUCUGUGAACUCAGAAGCUUUUUGCGCUCCCACUUAAGUGGAAAAAGUGGAAGUGAGUUGUUCCAGGAGUUAAUGAGCACCCGGCAGCUUGAGACUGAAAGUCCCCAACAGUUCCUGUACAGGAUGAUUGGACUAAAACAAAAAGUGCUGUUUGCAUCUAGACAAGGUAAUAUGGACAUUGAGUAUGAACCUCGUACAGUGCAGAAUGUGUUUUUGCGCACUAUUCUCCAGGGUCUCCUACCCAAAUUUAGUGACAUUCGCACCGAACUUAAACCAAUGUUGUCCGACUAUGCUGUGUCAGAUGAAGCACUAAUUCGGCAUGUGAGCCAGGUGUGCAGUGAAGAGAGUGAGAGGCAGCGAAGACUUGCUCACGGAUCUCGUCAAAAGGUAACACAUGCUCACAGUGCCCAACUUGAGACUGAUAAGGACAUGGAAAAAACAUUACAGCAUAAGACAAAGAAUAAAAGCAAUGUGAUAGAGGAACUUAGUUCCAAAGUUGAUGCCCUGACAAAACUGGUUGAGUCUCUCACAGCUAACCAAACGUUAGAACAACCCUGUAGAUGCACAAAUGCCAGACCAAGGCCAAGGCAAACAGCAAGACAAUAUAGCUGCCCCAAGUGUGCUGAAGAAGGCACAAGCCCAUGUCACCAUUGUUUUCUAUGUGGGGAGGUCGGGCACAGAGCUGUUGGCUGUCUCAAGAGGCCUCGUGUCCAGAGUGCUAACCAACCCCCUGCUGAUGUCCACACCAUAAUGAACAGCAGCCCCUGGAGCCCUACAGAGGUGAAGCCACCAGGGGAGAGACCGGCACAUGUAAGAAACAUUGGAAUGUCCUCUCUUCAGUCCAAAGAUACUGAGGUGCGUGAACAAGUAGCCCAGUUAGUAGGGAAGAAAUGCAGGGUCAAGUGCAACAUUAACAAUUUUACAGUUGAAUGUUUGCUUGACACAGGUGCUCAAGUGAGUCUUCUUGAUCGUAAGUGGGUAAAAACUUACCUUCCCGACCAUAAGCCACGCCCAUUAGCAGAUCUCAUAGGGCGUAAACCUCUAAGUGUGCUCGCAGUGAAUGGUGAGCCCUUGCCGUAUGACGGUUGGGUGGGAGUGAAUGUGAGUCUCCCUGAUAAUAGCGACCCAAACCUAUCAAUACAGGUACCCUUCUUAGUAAGUAGUGUGCCCAUGGACCGCCCCCUUAUUGGUUUUAACGUAAUUGAAUGCUUGAUAAUGGGACCGAAGGGUGAGUCUGACUUCAUAUCAGCCCUUGUGACCCUCCUACGUGGAGCCUUAAGCAUUGAGAAUGACAAAGCAAUAGCACUUGUCAGUCUGAUUCAGACACAUGCCUCUCAUGAUAGUGAUGUCAGACAUGGUAUGCUUAAAGUGGGAUUUCAUGAUGUUGUUAUUCCAGCCGGUGCGGUUAGACAAGUAAAGUGCAGGAUUCCACCUAUGUUUGACACAUCAAACCCCCUGGUGCUCUUUGAACCCAAUGAAAAUAACCCACAGUUACAGCAGCUUGAUGUCGGUGACAGUCUCUUGGAGAUCAACCACGCAAAAGUACCCUGCUUGAGAAUCCCCAUAGGCAACCACAACAAGCAUGAGGUCACAUUAUCCUGUAAAACAAUAUUAGGCAGCAUUGAGCCUGUUGUCAAGAUAGUAUCAACUGACGAACCACAGCUGACUGAAACAAAAGUUCCUUUUGAGUCCCCAAAUGCUGUGUCUCAAAACACCAAACAGGAUACAAGAUCUUGUGUGGUGGAGCCAUGGGACCCACCUGUAAACAUUGACCACCUGACAGAGGAACAACAGGAAAUAGCCAAACAACUCUUGCAAGAGGAGGCAGGAGCAUUUGCUCGAGAUGACAAUGACAUGGGGUGUAUCAAAAGUUUAGAAAUGUCGAUUGCACUUAAAGACAAUACCCCUGUUCAAAAAUCUUAUGCAUCCAUUCCGAAACCCUUGUACAAGGAGGUCAAGGAGUAUAUUGAGGAUCUCCUUGCUAAAGGAUGGAUUGUUAAGUCUAAAUCCCCCUACUCCGCACCAGUCAUUUGCGUGCGUAAAAAGGAUGGGACACUUAGACUAUGUAUUGACUAUCGCCUUCUGAACCAUCGCACAGUCCCUGACCGCCAUCCCCUUCCCAGGAUCCAAGAUCUCACAGACACCCUGGGGGGGUAUACUUGGUUCUCCAUCUUAGAUCAGGGAAAGGCAUACCAUCAAGGGUUUAUUGCAGAAGGUUCACGUCAUCUGACCGCCUUUAUCACCCCAUGGGGUCUAUUUGAGUGGGUACGCAUACCAUUCGGCCUGACAAAUGCGCCAGCCGCAUUUCAGCGCAGUAUGGAGGAAAUGCUUGCACCCCUGAGGGAUGAGUGUUGCAUCCCGUACCUGGAUGACAUAUUGUGUUUUGCAAAGACCUUUGAAGAUCACAUUGAAGUGCUCAGGAAAGUUUUGAGAGCCCUGCAGACGCAUGGAGUGAAACUCAGGCCCACAAAAUGUGACCUUUUUAAAAAUGAAGUGCGGUACGUCGGUCGCUUGGUGUCAGCCGAAGGCGUGCGCAUUGACCCCAAAGACUUGGAAGCUGUGUAUGCCUUGAAGAAUGACCCUCCGACUACAAUCGGAGAUGUAAGAAGGAUUGUAGGCUUUUUGAGCUACUACAGGUCCUAUAUACAGGAUUUCUCCAGAAUGGCAAGCCCUAUUUAUGAACUCCUCCAACCAGGGAGAAGUUUGAGACAACCAUUGCUGAAUAGAUCAGGGGCUCAAAAAGGAAAAGGUGCUCAAUUGCCAUCCAAAACCCCAAUUGAAUGGACCAGGACGCAUCAAGAAGCCUUAUGCAAGCUGAUUGACCAGUUGGUAGAGCCACCUGUGCUGGCAUAUCCUGAUUUUGAACUGCCUUACAUAGUCCACACAGACGCUUCUGACAAGGGACUUGGAGCGGUUCUUUAUCAGAGACAGAAUGGAAUGCUCAGAGUGGUUGCGUAUGGAUCAAGGACUCUCACACCAGCUGAGAAAAACUACAGACUACACUCAGGCAAGUUAGAAUUCCUCGCCCUCAAAUGGUCAGUAUGCGAAAAGUUUAGGGAUUAUUUGUAUUAUGCCCCACACUUUACUAUCUACACUGACAAUAACCCUUUAACUUAUGUCAUGAGCACUGCUAAAUUAAAUGCAGUUGGCCACAGGUGGGUGGGUGAACUGUCAGAUUUUAGAUUUGAUAUACGGUACAGACCAGGCAAAAUAAAUGUUGACGCUGAUACACUCUCACGUUGCCCCCUAGAUAUCAACAAAUAUGUCAGUGAGUGUACACAGGAAUUGACCAGGGAAGUUGUUACCACGACAUGGGGAGGGUGCAGAGCAGGCGAAAGGGGAGAUGUAGCCUGGAUAGCUGCUUUGGCUCUGGCCCAGGGUGACCAGCUUGAACCCAAGACCAAAGAAACAUUGACACCAUUUAGUCUCACUGAACUCCAACAGGCCCAGCAAAAGGACCCAGUGAUUGGAAAUAUUCUACGAUUGAAAGAGUCAAAUGCAACACUAACUGACAGCAUGAAGCAAAGUCAGCAAGGGUUAGGCAGAAAAGUAAUGCAUGAGUGGACAAGGCUGCACAUCGAAGAUGGAAUCCUCUAUCGUAGAGUCGCAGAGCGACGUCAACUAGUUUUACCUGCUAGUCUCAAAGCAUUGGUUCUCAAGCACUUACAUGACGACAUGGGUCACGUAGGCACUGAAAGAGUCCUAAGUUUAGCAAGACAGAGGUUCUAUUGGCCUUACAUGAGGCGAGAGAUUGAGACAUAUGUUACCAGACAAUGCCAGUGCAUAAAACAAAAAAAACCUGUGACACACGUACGAGCCCCAAUGAGUAGCAUAACAACCAACUCUCCACUGGAGCUUGUCUCAAUUGACUAUUUGCAUUUAGAACAGAGUAGAGGAGGCUACCAAUAUAUCCUAGUGGUAGUUGAUCACUUUACCAGAUUUGCACAAUGUUAUGCGACCCGUAAUAAGUCAGGGAAAACUGCGGCAGAGAAAAUCUUUAAUGAUUAUAUCCCCAGAUUUGGCUAUCCCUUGAAACUGCAUCAUGACCAAGGGCGCGAAUUUGAAAAUAAUUUAUUCCGAACGCUACAGCAACUGAGCGGAGUGGGACAUUCCCGGACGACCCCAUACCACCCUCAGGGUAAUCCGGCCGAGCGCUUUAACCGCACAGUGCUGCAAAUGUUGCGAACCCUGAGUGAGGAGAAGAAGGAAAAGUGGAAAGAUUACAUACCCCAGAUUGUCAGUGCAUACAACAGCACACGUCAUGAAGCAACUGGUUACUCACCUUUCUUCUUGCUUUUCGGGCGUCAUCCACGAUUGCCGAUAGACCUGCUCCUCAGGAUGACUCACCAGGAGGAACCGCAGACAACCAAAAGGUAUGCCGAGAAAUGGGCAGAACGCAUGACCGAAGCUUACAGGAUAGCUUCAGAAAACAGCAAAAAGUCAAGUGCCCGCGGUAAGAAGUACUACGACAAGCAUGCGAAAGGAGUAGUGUUGCAACCGGGAGAUCGAGUGCUGGUGCGCAAUCUAAGUGAAAGAGGUGGCCCUGGAAAGUUAAGGUCCUAUUGGGAAAACAGCACUUAUGUUGUGAAAGACCAGGUUGGUGACAAUCCCGUGUACAGGGUAGUUUCGGAAAAAGAUGGCAGCAAGUCACGCAUUUUGCAUCGUAAUUUAUUGCAUCUUAUUAAUGACCUACCUGUCAACCUACCAGUAGAGGAAGAGAGAGGAAAGAAGGUACCAGAAAGGAGACCAAGAACAACUCACAUAAAUAUUCCACCUGAUUCAAACAGUGACACAGGCUCUGAUGAUGAUGGCAGUUCUAGCUAUUAUGAGCUAAGAUAUAACUUUUGUACAGAAGACAGACCAGACGUGGAACCCUCCUUGGUCCCCAAAAUUCAAUCAGGCCCGCUGGAGCUCAGCCAAAUCGCCAACCAAGGACCAACUUUGAGGAAAAGGGACUCAGCAAAUAGGAGACAUGCACCCAUGAAUGGGACAGAAGGACCAGGAAAGAGAGAUCAUUUACGGGACAAUGAUGAACAUAUUUUGGAGGACAUCAGUGAUGGGGAUAUAGAGGGAUAUGAGGGAACUAAAGGAUAUGAACCCAGAAAUCUACCUGUCAUGGAAGAGGGAUGUGAACGAGAGCAGUCUUUUUCGCAAGACGAACAAGCGCAACUGAGCCCCACUCCUGACGCUGAGGUACCACCCCCAAGAAGGUCCACUAGAAAUAGGCAACCGGCAUCUCGAUUUACUUAUGAUACCCUUGGUCAGCCUUCUUUUCAUGUGCCCUCAGUAGUUAACAGUGCAGAGGUGUAUGCAGGCCCCUCAAUGGUUGCCUGGAGUAUUCUAGGACACCCGUUGCUUCCCUAUCCCGUGCCAUCCCAAUUUUUCAACCCGUCAUUCUGUUCACCAAACGUGUACACCAUACAAACAUCUCCGCACAUGCCAAUGUACGUCUCAUAAGGCACCUACAUAGAUGUACAGAGUUUGUGAUAGUUGUAUUUUGAAGUUGUGAAAUGUCGGGAGUCAUUCCUUUUUUUGUUGGGGUGUGUUGUGACACUUACAAUUAGUAGUCACAAUUGUUUUGUAAAAUGAAUGUGUAAAUAGAGUAUCCUAAUUUAGUUCGAGGUAUUUUCAUAUCUAAAGUCACAGUUUAAGUGUAUGUUUCCAAGCUGAAUGCCACAAGACAUGUUGUUCCGCCACGCCAGCAGAGGGAGCACUCCUAUAGGAAAGGAGGAAAAUGGGAGGUGCUUGUUAGUACUUCCGUGUCUCAGUCAGGUCACACCCUGAGAUGACAACGCAAUCAAGCACUUUGUGUCUCGUUUUUAUUCCUAUAAAACAGGUCGGUAAAGUGUGAUAAUAUUAACACAUUUGUCUCCAAGCAAUUAUAAGCGUUUCUGAAAAUAGAAAUAUCGAAGUAUGUUGUUAAAAGUGUGUAUUUUUGAUGAAAUUUGUUAUGUUCAAUAAGCGAUGUCUCCCUUUGUGUGCGAGCGCGUGGUUGGGCGGGAAUGGCGGCGGCAGUGGAGACUUGUUAAAGAUAAACUGUGAUUGUUAAGAAGUAUUAUAGGUAUAGUCAGGUAACAAUUUGUGUAAUUGUAAUUGAUUUAUAAUGACAAAAAAGCGUUCAAGAAAGCAGCAAUAUUAAAAAGAAGCAAUGUCAGGAUACAGUACAAACAUGUAAAAUGAAGAUGUUCAUUAAAGUAACAGUACCGCUCCGCUACGUGAUGCUUUUACACAAGAAAUAUAGUGUUGGGGUAUGUAACGAUCAAUCCUCCAUGGUUUUGUGGAUUUGUUUUAUCAUUUCAAAAGUAAAGAUGUAAUUGUUUAACAAUGUGAAUGAAAAAUGGGGAAUUGAAAUUACAUUAUUGAAACUAUUUGAAAGUGAUUAAAAGCACAAUAGAAAUGCAAAUGAGAGUAAAGAAGUCAAGAAAUGUUUAAUAAAAAAGAGUCAGGUCACACCCUGAGA